AUGAGUAGAUACACAGAUAUAUCAUAUGAGAACACAAGUUACUCGGUUAAUACAGGACUUGAUUUGAAGGACUUCCAGGUAGAAGAGGACUGGUACAAUAGACCCGCUUCUGAAUGGUCAGUGAAGAGAAUAGGACAGCUACAGGCUAAGAUAGAGAGGUACACGUAUAGGAUAUACCAUAGCAACCGAUAUGGGAAACACAACUUGGCGAGGUUGAUUCCCGGACAUGUGUUUAUCAACUUUGCGAACGAGUGUUUUGGGUAUGACGGAUGGAGCACGCAGGUGGAGGAGGUUAUCACGUUGGAACACGUUGAAAAUAGCGAAACUGCGGAGAAGCCGGCUACGCAUACGGUGCUCGCGGAAGCUAGAGUGAAACUUGUGUUGAAAGAUGAUACAUACACGUCUUCCAGUGGAUUCGGAAAAUCCACGAUGCCCUCGAAGGGAGAUGCGUUUGCGAAGGCAAAAAAGGAGGCCCUGACAAAUGCACUUAAAAACUGUCUCUUGGCGUUUGAAAAGGUCAUUAUUGAUCAUGAGGCUAAAAUAAAGCAAAACUACUAUGUGGACGGUGUAUACAAGAAUCAGGGCCCGAAAAUGGAAGGCAGUUCUUCGUUUGCAAAGCCGGUCCAUUGA